AUGCAGAAUGAACCUUUAGUCAAGGUAGAUGUGGAUGAAACUGAGGAUACAGAGUGGAAUGAUAUUCUCAGGCAGCAUGGCGUUAUACCUGAGAGAGCUCCCUCACCAACUGCUCAGCUCGAGGAGGCAUUGGAAGAAGCGUUACAGAAGCAGCAUGAGAACCGUUUAGAGGGGAAAGAUUUAUCAGACUUGGAAGAGCUUGAGGAUGAGGAGGAUGAAGAGUUUUUGGAACUUUACAGACGACAGAGAAUAAGCGAGAUACAAAAACUGCAAGAAAGGGCCAAGUUUGGCCAAGUGUUUCAUGUAAAUAAACCAGAAUACAACAAGGAAAUUACGGAUUGUAGCAUGGGGUCAAAGGGGGAACAGAAUGGCGGGGUUUAUGUCUUUGUGCAUAUGUCUCUGAGCAGCAAACUGCAGAGCAGACUUUUGUCUGAACUUUUUAAUCAAGCGGCAGUCAAGUUUCCUGAGCUGAAAUUCGUGGAUAUUCCGGCAAAUAGGGCGAUUGAGAACUACCCUGAAAGCAAUUGCCCAACAAUUAUUGUUUAUUAUCGUGGGGAGGUUUUAAAGAAUCUGGUAACUUUACUUGAGUUAGGCGGGAACGAUUCCAAGUUGGCGGAUCUGGAAAAUUUGAUGGUCAAACUUGGUGCUAUCAAUGAAAAAGAUGAUCGCCUGCUGAUGAACGUAGAUGACGAAGAGGUCAGAAAUGAGAGGGCGGCACAGUAUAGCAGAAAAGGUAUCAGGACCGGCAUCACAGGAAAGUUCAAUUUGGGUGUCGGUGAAGAAAAUGAAGAUGAGGACUUUUUUGAUUGA